GAGGGGAGAAAAUCACUCUCCAGACACCUCCACUUCUCCUGCGUUCGGAAGCGGGAAGAAAUAUUGGGCGACGGUCCCUGACGCUGGCAAACUUAGGCGUCGGUUUCAAAGCUCCUCCCUUCUGGUGAAAGGCAGACUGCGGGGUGCCUGGAAACCGGUUCGAGGGAGAGAGGGCUUGAGGGAUUGCCACAAAUGGUCAGGCGGCAGCGGUGGCGGAAGAAGAAGAGGCGGCGGCGGCCGCAGCAGCAGCAGCAAGAGCGAAAGCAGCUGGAUCUGCUGCGCUCUGCCCGGCGGAGGCGAGAGGGCUGGCGGCGCGGUGGAAGAGUGCGCGGCGGCAGCUGCUGAGCUGGCCCCUUCCUGGGCUCUGCUCCCUCCUGCCUUUCCUUCAUGAGUCUCAAGUUUGCGCUGGCAGGAGACCGAAGACGCAGCAGCCCGGGCCGGGAGGCGGCGGCGGCGGCGGCGAUCGGGGCAGAGGGGGCGAGAGGAACCGGCGAAGUAUGGCCGAGAAGUGGAGUCGGCAAGUUUGCAGCGGCGGCAAAGCGGUGGCGGCGGCGUCAGCAGGGGGUAGCCAGGCCCUAGUGCGCUCUCCGUGGCUGCUCCUGCUGCUGGCGGUGCUGCUCGUGUGGACGGAGGCUCCGAUGCUCUCAGCUCGGGGCCAGGCGCCACCCCAGCCGCAGUACAACGGCGAGCGUGGCAUCUCCGUGCCGGACCACGGCUACUGCCAGCCCAUCACCAUUCCGCUCUGCACGGAUAUCGCCUACAACCAGACCAUCAUGCCCAACUUGCUGGGCCACACGAACCAGGAGGACGCCGGCCUGGAGGUGCACCAGUUCUAUCCGCUGGUGAAAGUGCAGUGCUCGGCGGAGCUCAAGUUCUUUCUCUGCUCCAUGUACGCGCCCGUGUGCACCGUGCUGGAACAGGCGCUGCCUCCCUGCCGCUCCCUCUGCGAGCGGGCGCGCCAGGGUUGCGAAGCGCUCAUGAACAAGUUCGGCUUCCAGUGGCCGGACACGCUGCGCUGCGAGAAAUUCCCCGUGCACGGCGCCGGCGAGCUCUGCGUGGGCCAGAACACCUCCGAACGGGGCACGCCCACCCCCUCUCUGGGACCCGAGUUCUGGACCAGCAACCCCCAGCUCAGGCCCGGGGGCGGGGUGGGAGGCGGCGGGGGCGGCGGAGGGAGCCACCUGGCGGACCGGGCGGGCAGGUUCAGCUGCCCCCGGGUGCUCAAGGUGCCCUCCUACCUGAAUUACCGCUUCCUAGGCGAGAAAGAUUGUGGGGCCCCCUGUGACCCCGGACGCCCCUAUGGGCUCAUGUACUUUGGGCAGGAGGAGCUGCGCUUCUCGCGGACCUGGAUUGGCAUCUGGUCGGUGCUGUGCUGUGCCUCCACCCUCUUCACGGUUCUCACCUACCUGGUGGAUAUGAAGCGGUUCAGUUACCCCGAGAGACCCAUCAUCUUCCUCUCAGGUUGCUACACUGCCGUGGCUGUGGCCUACAUCGCAGGUUUUCUGCUGGAGGAGAAAGUGGUGUGUAAUGAGCGCUUUUCUGAUGAUGGCUCACGCACCGUAGCCCAGGGCACCAAGCGAGAAGGGUGCACCAUCCUGUUCAUGAUGCUGUACUUCUUUGGUAUGGCCAGCUCCAUCUGGUGGGUCAUCCUGUCCCUCACAUGGUUCCUGGCUGCAGGCAUGAAGUGGGGCCAUGAGGCCAUCGAGGCCAACUCCCAGUACUUCCACUUGGCUGCUUGGGCUGUUCCAGCCAUCAAAACCAUCACCAUCCUGGCUCUGGGGCAGGUAGAUGGAGAUGUGCUGAGUGGUGUCUGUUUUGUGGGCAUCAACAACGUAGAUGCUUUGCGGGGCUUUGUGCUGGCGCCAUUGUUUGUGUACUUAUUCAUUGGCACUUCUUUCCUCCUGGCUGGAUUUGUGUCCCUUUUCAGAAUUAGGACUAUUAUGAAGCAUGAUGGCACCAAAACAGAAAAACUGGAAAAGCUGAUGGUGAGGAUUGGGAUCUUCAGUGUUUUGUACACAGUGCCUGCCACCAUCGUGAUUGCCUGCUAUUUUUAUGAGCAAGCAUUUAGGGAACAAUGGGAAAGGAGUUGGUUUGCUCAAAGCUGCAAGAGCUAUGCCAUUCCUUGCCCCAGUAACCACCAUCACCCCCCCAUGAGCCCAGACUUCACGGUCUUCAUGAUCAAAUAUCUCAUGACCUUAAUUGUGGGAAUCACUUCAGGCUUCUGGAUCUGGUCUGGAAAAACACUCAAUUCCUGGAGGAAGUUCUAUACCAGACUUACCAACAGCAAACAAGGGGAAACUACAGUGUGAAGUUCCACAUCAGCUUGGCUUGUUCACACACACACUUUGCUGUUUGUCCACAGCCCUGACCAGAGAGUGGAAGAGGAGAGAUGGAGAGAGAUGUACACAUCCUGAAACCAUAUAGGUCAGAGAUUUUUUCCCUUCAGCCCACAGAAAACUGAUACUAAGGACAUUGAUAGAGGAACAUACCGUUCUCCUUUUCUUCAUCUGGACUAAAUUUACCCUAAAAACUGGGAAUGUGAUUUUGAGGUUGUUGUAAAUAGUCUCUGUAAGAUUUUGUAAGUAUAUUUGUAUUUAAGUUGAAAAGCUUUUUGGUAUAUAUUUAAAACAUUUUUAAACUCCUUUUGCAGACUUUUCUGUUUUGAAGUACAAGAAAAGAAAACAAAUGUUCUGUUUUAUUUUCAGGGCAGCAUUGAAAAAUGAGUUGCUAAGAGACCUUCUCUUGUAGGUCCAAGAUUAGGACUGACUGAUUUGUAAUUGGUCCUGAUACUGGAGCCAUUUACAAUCAGGAACCUCAGGGCUUCAGGAAACCCAUCUAGUAGGUUGUUGGUGGCACAGUUAAUGGGAUACGUGUUGCAUACCAGCUGCAGACAAAGAGUGGAACAAUCCUUCCUCCGUAUAACCUGAAGGAAAAAAGAGCAAGCCGUCCUACCUGUUGUAGUAAUACUGUGGGAGGAGCUUGCGGAAGAGAACUGUCUUAGCCAAACUACAUGCUCAGCCCUUGUGGAAGUAAACGCUCAGCCACCAAACUGAGCGGGAGCUUUCUCAGCCAUGUUUAAAGUUGUGACUUCUAAAAGUGUAGAAUGGAAUAGCUGGGAGUGAAGUGUUCUUACCAUCUCCCGUCCACAUUUGAUAAAUAUUAAAGAACUGUAACUUUUCUCCUAACUUUGUAAUAUAUUGAGCUUACAAUUUGCUUUGUAUCUUCUGUAGAAACAAGUCUCUCGGCUGUUACUAUUAACUUUGCAGUAGGCAGGAAGGCUGUUCUCUUUUUUUUGAUUGUAAUUCGAUACUCCCUUUAAUAACAUUGUUCUG